AAAAUGAAUAAAGUAAUAGACAGUGAAAGAGGCUCUCUUGAAUGCCAUGGCGGAAAACAAAGAAAGUGAUUCGGUGCCAGAUGCACCAGUUGCAUCGCCAGGGCAGCAACCUCAGUCUGAGGAAAAAAUGGAAAAGCCAGAUGGUUCUAAAGAACCUGCAGCUGCUUCGAAAGAAUCUACACCUGCUGUAGCAGAGACAGAGAGUGAACCAAUGGAGACAGAGACAGAAGUCAAGGAAGAGGCUGAGGAGAAACCUCCUGAAGAAACUCCCAAUAAAGAUGAGAAGGAGGAGCAAGGGGCUGUACCGUCUGACCAGCCAAAGGAACCGAGUGAGGGAGAAGGGUCGGCAGUAACAGCACCACCAGAACUGCAAACACCACAAGUAGCUGAAGGAGAUAUGAAGGGUGCAGAGGCAGAUACUCCUGCAGAACCAAUGGAGGUCACGGAGAGUGAGGCUGUGGAGGUCCAGGAGACAGUAGAGACAAGUGUCUUGGAAACAACAACAACAACAUUGACAGCAGCGGACGUGGAGCCAUCACCUGUGCAGGAGGAACAGUCUGUGGUUGAGGAUGUUAUGAUGGAGGUGGAGAACAAGGAGAACAUCUCGGAUAAUGUCACAGUCUCCUCCCAGGACAGCGGGGAUAAGACAUACACCGAGAAGCUGGAGCCCUCUGGAGAUUGCUAUUGUGGCGAAGGGAGAAGUUAUGAAGACGUUGAACUCCAGUGUAACCAAUGCUUUAAAUGGUUUCACAAGGCUUGCAUCAAGACCGUCAGUGUUGCGAACACUGUUCCCUUUAUGACUACCUACACAUUCUGUUGCAAGAAUUGCAAUGUCAGCAAACUGGAAACUUUCAGUAGAAAAGUUGCAAACUUCAAGGAGCUUUGCCAGUGUGCCCUUGCCAAUCUCCAGGCUAAGCACAAGUCAUUGGACCCUCCCAAGACCAUGUUCUCGAAAGAAACUGAUCUGAUUCCGUUUAUCGAUACCCACUGGGAACAACUCACGCCCAUGCCCCGACGAACCACCAUCACCUGGCACGGCACGAUCGUCAAAGCUAUGAUGAAAGACGAUGACGUCUUCAUCUGCAAGGAAAAGCCUGACGACCCUGCCGCUUCUGACGCAGAGUAUCCUAUCUUUGGACUCCUUGAACAGGAUCUUUCAAAGAUAACACCCAACUCAGAAUCGAAGUUAGGAUCCAGUCUUAAAAUGGAAUCACAGAAACUCAGCUCAUCUCUUUCUAGUUCUCUCAAUGGUAAUUCCAAUCUUGUGUCUUCUCAGAGGAUAAGCAGGAGUGCGAAGAGGAAAGGAUUCGAUAGCAACCAGGGAGUAACAUCGAGUAAAAGGACAAGAAGUGAAGUGCCUGCCUCCCAAAAGUUGCCAGCCCACGGCUACCCGUUGGAGCACCCGUUCAACAAGGAUGGCUACCGGUAUGUCCUGACGGAGCCCGACCCUCACGCCCCUAGCAGUGCCUUCGAGGAAGAUCAGUGGAUAGGCAAACCCAUCCCAGCGCAUCUCUACCGUAUGGCUCUCAGCAAGGAUGUUCUCUUGGCUCUUCACGACAGGGCACCACAAUUGAAGAUUUCUGAGGAUCGUCUCACUGUCACCGGGGACAGAGGAUACUGCAUGGUGAGAUCAACCCAUGGCAUCAAGAGAGGAUCGUGGUAUUUUGAGGUCACGGUGGAUCAGAUGCCGGAGGGUAGUGCUACAAGAUUCGGAUGGUCUCAACCAUUAGGUAACUUGCAAGCUCCUCUUGGCUACGACAAAUUCUCCUACUCUUGGAGGAGUAGGAAGGGGACAAAGUUCCAUGAAAGCCGAGGCAAGCACUACAGCGAUGGUUACGGAGAGGGCGAUACAUUAGGUUUCUUUAUUCAGCUACCAGAGAAGACGGAGAAAGAUGAAAUCAUCCCUCCGACCUACAAAGACAGGGCCCUGAUUAAAUUCAAGAGUCAUCUGUAUUUUGAGGAGAAAGACCAGACGUCCGAGGCGGAGAAAGCUCUCGUACCUACGACAGGCACAAAGAUCAUCUUCUUUAAGAAUGGGGAGAGCCAAGGUGUAGCGUAUCAGAACGUUUAUGAAGGAAUUUAUCAUCCAGCAGUCUCUCUAUAUAAACAGAGCACUGUCACUGUGAAUUUUGGGCCUGAUUUCAAGUACCCACCCAAGUCCAUCCCAGAUCAUCGACCUAUCAGCGAUUUGGCCUAUCUAUCGGCUGUGGAACAGACGAUAUCGGACAUUCUGUUCAUAGUGGAACACGAAAAGGACUAUGAAUUGGCUGCACGAGGCGUACUCAUCGACAUUUAACCCAAUCGUUGCCGGAACAUGGUUUUUCACGUGUCAAGCCUUUAGGAAAAAUAGGAUUCAGCUGUCAGCAGGUUAUUUCAACAACUACCAGGCAUUGAAUGUGUAAUGUCAGGAUAGGACUGGGAAGGAUGUACAGAACUCAUCAUGUGAUUGCCCGACAUUGCAUUCAACUGUAAGAGUGCAUCUGAUAACAGGGAGCAUGUCAUCAACAUUUUGUAUGACAAGUUGUCUGAUCUGACAUCUUGCCUUGAAUUUGAUUGGCUGAGAAGCACUGUUACCAUGGUAACCAACUGUCCGAUAAAACUGGAAUUGUCGGAUAAAACGUCCAACAAGUCCUUUCUUGAAACACUGUCAUAGCUCUAGGUGCACCCUUGUGCAAUUAAUAUGCUCAAAUUUCCACUUAUGAGCAUUUACUGAAUAGAUGUUUCAUCUAUCUUGCUAUGCCUGAAUGCUACACAAAAUGUAGUUUGGUUUCUUUGCUAUGCCAUAUAAUAUAAUUUGGAAAUUUAUUUAACUGAAUUACUGUGGAUCUUAGCUUACAGCUGAUAUAGGUUUCAGAAGUAGGACGAGAUGAAAUAAUAUAAGCUAAGGUUUCUUCCAACCAUUUUGUUGUUCCUAAUCAGUGGCCUGUAUCAUAAACACUUACAAUUAUGGUAACUUUUCCAUUAUUGUAAUUAUCUUGGAAAUUUUGAUUGGCUGCUGAGCCCUGUAACCAUUGGUAGAUACCAUAGUUGGAACUCUUUAUGAAACACGCCCCAGAUUAUAUUUCAUUUUAAUCAGGGCCUUGUUGCAUAAAAGUUACCAUUUUGGUCACUUUGCCAUCCAGUGGUGACUUGCAAGGAAUCCUUGAUUCUGAUUGGCUGUUAAUCAGUGUUACCCUGGUAGUUACCAUUGGGUGGCAAAGUUAUCAUAAUAGUAACUUUUAUGCAACAGGGCCCAGAACAUACUUCCAAGUUCUUCCGCAUAGUCAUUUGUGUUUCAGUUUGUCAAUAUUUUCUACUCCUUAUCAGUUAUAUUUCGAAUGGAGGAUUGAGCUCAAUCAUGCCUUAAAUUAAUGCUGUGAAACUCUGGAUAGCCCAAAACACCUUACUGUUAUAUUAAUGACUUUGAUAAGAUGUUUUUCAGCUAUCACAAAUAACAUGAAUUGAAUAACAUGUUAGUUGUUACCAAGUCAAGUUCAAAGGUCAUAUGGUAUAAGAAAACACUUUACAAAAAACAAUUGUUAUAGAAAUGUCAUUUUAUUGACAUCACUGUGAUCCAUACUCUAGUCAGCAAUCAGAUUCCAAAGUUAUGGUUAAAGCAGUACAUGAUAUGGGUCAUGAUGUUGACACUUUGCAUUUGGAGACAACCUAGUUGAAAACUAUACACAAUUUGAAGUCAUUUUCUUAUGUUGUCGAAAUUCAUUCAAGUGUUGUUGAUCAGAGGCUAUUUUAAUUUACCCCAUGAGAAAAAAAAUGUUUUUAAGUAGGCAGAGAUUUGCCUACGUUACAUGUAUGAACUUAUAUAAGCAGCUUUUGAAAACACCAUCUUGGUGUGUUUCAUUCACUUAGUGGAGGGAUAUGAAUAACAUGAUUACAGAGCCUAAUAGAAGUUGCCAAAUGUUCAUUGCCGACAAUUCCAAUGAUCGCUGAUGAGGUAAAAAUAUAUCUAGCAGUGAGGUAAUUACAAUUUUUCGCAAUGAUUAUUGUAUAGCAGCCCUGGGCCCCGUCUUACAAAGAGUAACGAUUGAUCUGAUCAACUCAACUUCUAAAGUAUAUGGAAAUCCAUCAAUGUCAUAAUUUUUUCUUUCGGAAAUUUGUACAAUGUCCUUUGAAAACAAAGAGAAGCAUACUGAAUUGUCAAGAAAACAGUGAAUGUAUGAAUAUACGUCAUGAAUAGAAAAUGUUGACGUUGCUAGCUCUCCGUAGUUGGAAUUGAUCAGAUCAAUCGUAACUCUUUGUAAGACAGGAGUCGAGGUGGGUGUUUCAUAAAGCUGUUCAUAAAGUUACUCAUGACAUUAGGUCCUAAAUUAAUUACUUAUGGAUAUAGCACAAGAAAGAGUCACCAAUAGUCGUGCGUAAAGUCAUUCGUAUCUUACAAACAGCUUUAAGAAACAGCCACCUUGGCCAGUAAUACGUCCCUCGGCUUUAUGACACAGACAAGCAACUAAUCCUACUGUUGAUUUGUAUUUGCCCAUAUUUACAAUCUUUUCAUAAGGCCUCAAUCUGGAUAAUCUCAAAUUCAAGUUGAUACAAUUUAUUUUUUAUUUAAUCAUUCCUGUGGCUCUUCAUAGUCGUUCAUGGUCCGUAGCACAAUGCUUUGCCAUUGAUUGUAGAAUGAAGUCUUAUGCUUUAUCGCAUCGAUCACAAUGAACUAUUAAUCAUAGAAAUCAAUAUGUGAUGGAAUCACCAAGCUCUUUGUAAUGGGAGCCAGAACUGUAAGCAACUUUUGACCACCCCCCCCCCCACUUCUCGGUUCUAUUCAGAAUGGCCAACGUUUAUCGAUUUACUAGCUUCUCAUACAGAUGCAAAAUUUUUGUAUCAAACUGUGACCAAAUGUACAGUUAAUCAUGCCCGUUCAUUGUGGUUCUACUUUUGAAAAAUGUGUAAAUAUUUUGAUGUUUUGUAAUAAAGCCUGAUAUAAAACUA